UUAUCUAAUAAGUAAUAAUAGACACAAAUUAUUUAUAAUAAUAUAAUAAAUAACUAUUGAAUAGUUAAUAAAUAAAUAUUUAGUUGUUAAUUUAGUUAAAUGUAACAAAUAUUCAUAUGCGUUCCAAGGAUCCUUGUAAAGCAAAUGCUUGUAUGAUACAAAAGUGCUUGAGCGAGAACAAUUUCCAAGAAUCAGCCUGCACUGAUGUCAUAGAACUGAUGCGUUUAUGCUGCGUCAAGUGGGGCACAAAAUCCUUUGUCUGCAACGGUAUCAAAACUGAAAAAGAGACAUCAUCAACAUCAUCGACUGUUGAGAAUAAUAAAAUACCUUAUAAAUUGGACCAUAAAUCCUGAGGUAUUAGUGAAAGCACUUUGAAUAUUUGGUGUAUUAAUUAAAAUUUAGUUAAUUUUGCAUAAUAAUGAACCAGAACCAACAACAACAACCUCGUCAUCGCAGAUUGAUUAGGAAGAAUGUUCCUUGGUAUCUUAAGAAUCCGAGAUUGACUGCUAAUUUAGUUGUCGGAGGUUCUAUGGUAUUCCUUUUCGGCGACAUUUUUUACUCAAUAUUUAUAAAAGAUUCAAUAAACCAAUUCACAAGCUGGUUGGAUGCACGAAAACAACCUUUGCCCGAUUUGCCAGCACCAACAACGACACCAGAAACAACAAAAUAAUUAAAUAAAAUCAUUUAUAUCAAUUAUAAUUA